UUUUUUUUAUGAUAAUCUGUUUUUCCGCAUGAAAUUCGCCAUUUCUACAACAAUGAACAGCGUAACAACGAACUGCACUGCUCGAAUCUUGCUCAGCUUUAACCAAUUCCCGGCGCGAAACGGUUUCAACCGCCGGUCACGGAGGAGUUGCUUAGUCGCCAGACCUUGGCUGGCAUUCAGAGCUCCGAGAAUUACUUGCAUGGCGGAGCCAUAUCUGAUAACGAAACUGGAAUCUGCGGAGAAGACAUGGAAGGAAUUAUCGGUCAGGCUUGCUGAUCCAGAUGUUGUAUCCAAUCCUAGUGAGUAUCAAAAGUUGGCACAAUCUGUAGCAGAACUUGAUGAGGUUGUGUCGACAUAUAGGAGAUUUAAGGACUAUGAGAAGCAGCUAGAAGAGACCAAAGCUUUAGCAAAAGAGGAUGGCAAUGAUGAAGAUAUGGCUGAGAUGAUACAAUCUGAAAUCAACUCUUUAUCUAGCCAACUACAAGAGCUAGAGGAGAAGCUUAAGGCGCUGUUACUUCCAAGUGAUCCUCUGGAUGCUAGAAAUAUAAUGCUGGAAGUAAGGGCAGGGACUGGUGGUGAUGAGGCUGGAUUAUGGGCUGGUGAUCUUGUAGGUUCGCAUGUAUCAAAGAUACAGUGAGCGGAAUUCUUGGAAGUACUCCCCAGUUUCAAGCUCUGAGGUAUGUCUUAUUACGGCAAUGUCAAAUGUACUUAAACUUUGCUGGUGAUACCAAAUGUCCAAAACUAUGUUGGUUCCCUUGUUGCCAAUCAGCCACUUAAUUUUGCCCAGUCAUGAAUUGCAAGUUGAUAUUGUACUUGCUUUUUGGUAUGAAAUGCCACAUGGCUUUCCUAAAAAUUCUUCAUUAAGGUUUAUUUCUAUCACUACUGCUUUGCUAAUAUUCCAUCCAUGGCAACAUUAUGCGUCCUAUUGGUCUUUAUAUGACUGGCAGAAUUGUCUGGUAUUUUUAAGGCUGAGAAAGGAGGAUUCAAAACGUAUGUGGUGGAGGUGAAAGGAAGUCGUGUCUACAGCAAGUUGAAAUAUGAAUCUGGUGUUCAUCGAGUUCAACGUGUUCCUCAAACAGAAGCACAGGGACGUGUACACACUUCUACUGCAACUGUAGCCAUCAUGCCUGAGGCCGAUGAAGUUGAUGUAGAAAUUGACCCAAAAGACAUUGAACUGACAACUGCAAGGUCUGGUGGUGCUGGAGGCCAGAAUGUCAACAAGGUGGAGACAGCAGUUGAUCUCUUCCAUAAACCAACAGGAAUCCGCAUCUUCUGUACUGAAGAGAGGACCCAACUACAGAACAAGAAUCGUGCUCUUCAACUACUACGGGCAAAAUUGUAUGAAAUAAAGCUAAGGGAGCAGCAAGAGAUGAUAAGGAAUCAACGAAAGUCACAGGUUGGUACUGGUGCCCGUGCCGAAAAGAUUAGGACAUAUAAUUACAAGGAUAAUCGGGUGACUGAUCAUAGACUGAAGAUGAACUUUGAGCUCACUUCUUUCCUUGAUGGUGACAUAGAGACUGCAGUUCAGGCUUGUGCUGCCAUGGAACAGAAGGAACUAUUAGAAGAGCUUGCGGAGUCCGUAACCGCGACAGCUGCCUGAGUUCCCCCUUCCUUCACGGCAUAAUUUGGGACUUGUACGCUGUAGCAUGAAAUUGGUGAAAUCCUCAAAAGAAAUAGAAAUAACUCAUCAAUGGACAAAUCUAUUGUUGGCGCCAACCAUCCCAGUUUAUAUAGCAGCUAAUUUUUAGUAAUUUAGUACCAUUUAUUAAUUUUGUAACCAUUAAAUGUAAAUGUCUUCGCGUAAAUCAAGUUAUGCAGUAAAGUAUCUUACAUCGG